AUGCUAAGGACACAAAUGGGGAGAGUUGGGAACAAUGGCUUUGCACCGAAGAACUUCGCCCGCAGGGUUAACCAGAACUACCAUGCCCCACAACAACAACAACAGUACAAAAACCGCGGGGGGAGACCCCAGAGACCAGCCGGUAAGAGUCUGUACGUGCGGAACAUGCCCGAAGGUGUCAGGCAUGGUGUGAACCAGUUCAAGCAGGCGCUCGCGGGACUCACAAUUGACCAGAAGCAAAACUGGAUCGCGGGUACGCACCGGUUUAAAAGGUUAGCACUCGUCGGGAACAUCCCUGAAUCACACAGGACGGCAAUAUCAAGAGUCGUUGUGUCAGAGGAGAGGACCGCGUUCAUCGAUUCAUACUUGGAACAUAUGGCCACAGAAUGGAACCGCGUCAGCGAACAAGCAAACGAGGCUCUCUUGCAAUCCACCGAAUACUUCGCAAGACAGUGGGAUCAGCAACACCCGCACGAACGGUGCCCAGAAAACCUCAAAUUGCUUCUCGACCCAGGGUACCUCACGGGGACACACAGCAAAGAAUUUAUCUCUUGUUGGAAUGCCACUAAAGGGGCAGUGUUGCCCAAAAUGUUCAACCCGCCAGGGUCCAACAACUUCCAAGACUUGAAGAACGCAAUCAAGUUAUUCUCUUCAAACCGUACCAUCUGCCUCUCCUUCGACAUAGAGGCGUACGAGAGGGAUAACGAUGUCAUCACAGAGAUCGGGAUCGCCGUGUACGACCCGAGAGAGAACCAGUGGGGGGUCACCCCCACGAUAAGGAACUGGCAUCUGAUCAUCGCGGAGGCAGUGGACUUGAACAACGGGAACUGGGUCCUCGAUAUGAAGGAAUGUUUCAUACACGGCGAGAGUCUCGUUAUGCCCCUCCAAGAGUGUGUCAACUUCAUGCAGGCAAUCAUAAACUAUUACAUGAUUACACCUCCACCUUACCUCCAAAGCGACCCUCGUGAUCACUGGGACAGAGCCUUCAUUGGGCACAGCGUCGAAGGUGAUUUCAAGUGGUUAAAGAAAUUGAAGAUACAAAUCCCAGAGACAAGACCACUUAACCAUUUGGGCAGGUCCAUUAGUCCCUACAUCAUCGACACGCACAAAAUAUUCCACAUGUCCUAUGGGAAGGAGAAUGGCAGUCUUGGGAAAGUUCUACGGCUGUUCCAAUUACCACACGCGUUUUUACAUAACGCGGGGAACGACGCACAUUACACGUUGAAACUGAUGAUGCACCUUUGUGAUGCUAAUUCGAGAUUACACAACGAUUUGGAUAACAUUGCAUCCAUUCAGAAACGGAUCUUAGACUUGAAACAGAGAUCGAAUACGGAGGGCAAGAUUGUCCCAAUGUCGUACCCACUCACUGUGAGAGGCGCUGGCGGUCCUAACAUGAGGGGUAAGAAGAAGGACCUCGUACCUCAAACAGAGUUCGGUGGGUGUACCUGGUUUGACAACGCCCAGGACGCAUUCGGGUCUACAGUCGCCGUAGAACGGGAUAUGCAUUUAGAUUCCGAGACCAGAUCCUAA